AUGAUUGCUGCUGUGAAUGUAUUCAAAUCACUCGGAGAAGAAGCACCUUAUUGUAAAUUUCUUUAUCCACCAGAAAAGUUACAAGUCUUUCAGCAUUCUCGGCUCGGCGUUUACGUAGCUGUUGCCUUUGAAAUAUCCAUGAUGGAAGGAAAAACCUCCUACAAGAACUACCAGGGGGUCUCCAGGACAGACUUAUCGCCCGAGUUGCAAGCUAAGUGUAGGCAAAUAGUGACCUUAUUUGGUGGGGCUAAGACUAAGACAACCUUCGCUCUUCGUAAAGAAAUAUUGCAAGAUAGCCAAGAAUUAUCUGAAUUGCAGACAGCAUUGGAUUCUGGUCUCCCACUUAACGUAGUAGAUGCAGAGGGACCUGCAAGCCCAACAUAG